GCAAAAUUCCUGGGCUGAUGCUGUAUCGAUUGCGAAAAGGCAUUAGCAGUGUUCAGGCAUUGCUCUGCGAGUAAACACCACGAUGCCCAAGCUCGUGGUCCUCGUCCUCGUUUGGGUGACAGCGGCCAGCGCGUUUCCUCUCCUACCCUCCAGCUCGGUCAACAUCUCUGACUCGUGGCUGCUGGUGGACGCAGAGAGCCCGGUCUUCUACCGCCACUUCCGCGACAAAGUGACCUGGGCGGAGGCCGAGUCGGUGUGCCAGUUCCACCACAGCGUGCUCGCCACCGUGCGAAACACCGCCGAGUUUGACCGCACCCGCGCCCUGCUGCGACAGCUAGAGUGGACGACCCCCGUGUGGGUGGGUCUCCGGCGCGAUGACGGCCAACCCAUGUUCAAGUGGAGCACGCCGGCCGGAGCAACUUUGGAGGCGUCAGAGGGAUACUGGAACGAGUCGCCAAACGUCGUCACCUCCGAGCCUCAAUGCGUAACCAUCGACCCCGCGGCCGACUUCCGGUGGCGGGCGGUCGCCUGUUCCAGCACGCUCGAGAUCCACUCCUUCCUCUGUCAGAUACCUGUUCCGUCGUGGGUGCGGUCGGAGCACGGCGGCUGUUUGUCGCCGAAAUGGCCCAACAAAGAGGUCACCGUGCAGUACAACCCGCAAACCCAUGCGCUGGAGAUGAUCGCUGAUUGCGGUCUCCGGGGCACCAAGAGGAUCGCAUGCAAACACAACUCAGAAAAGGAGAUCCGCAGACUGGAGCACAAGCUGAAGUGCGCGGAGGACAUUCCGUUGGGAAAAGCCGCUACGCCCGUGCGUCCGAUUACGAGACACCGGCGGGACGUUCAAGACGAGAGUCCCGCGCCUACAGCCGAGCUGUCGACCUCCAGCGCGGCACCGCAGGCGGGAAUCGAUCAGACGCUAGCCGCGACACGUGACGAGCCAACCACCGAAAAGGCAACAACCUCGACCGCAGAGAAAACCACCGAGUUGGACAACAGCGAGUCGGUCACCGAGGCCCCGAAGACGCAGGCCUCGGUCGACCAGGCGCCGUCGGUCAGCACUACCCACGAGGCUACCAGCCAAAUGAGACUCGAGCCGGAGACGACCACGGAGCAGCAAAAAAGCGGCGGGAAAUUAAUCGCCACGUCCGUGCAAUCGAUUUCCAGCAGUUCCGAGGCGCCGGCUGCCACCACUGAGGCUGCGACGUCGCUGCAAGAAACGCAUACUCAGCAGGCGGCGCAGACGGCGUCGGUGACGGAGGCGGCGCCGGAGAAGCAGAAGGAACCCCUACCGACUGAGUCGUCCAAGAUGAAUGUCGAGAUAAUCGCUCACAUCUUUGAUACCAGCACCGAUGGCGCCGCGGUCAGCAGGGUGAUCACGGUCGAGGAGUUGCAGGACGAUGACUUCGAUCAGGCUAGCACCAGGCCCGAGGGCCAGGAAGAGGAGUUCGACAUCGACCAGAUGCAAAACCUGCAGCCCAUCUCCGUGGCCAAGCACCACGUCGUGCCGGGCGUCCCGAGGAACGUGCCCUCAGGUGAAAUGCACCGCGACCCUCCGCACCACCCCCCUCUGGUCAUCGCGAUUACUCAGCAGCACAACGUGUCAGCCGGGCUGCCGCGCAUUGUGGCCCCGCCGGCGCAGCAGCUCCACCCAGGCCAGGCACCGUUCUUGCACCACCCUAUGAUGCACCAGGGGCUGCCCAGAAACGUCGGCCCGGAGGAGAUCAGGUCCGCCGAGGACCACGUGAUGCAGAGGCGAAAGCAGUUCUUGCCAACACCCUUGCAAGGUCCAAUCUCUGACAUGCACCCUCACGCACCGAUGAUGGCGCACCAGACGAUCGAGGAGCACCACGUGAAGCCAACAGUUUCAUCAGUCACGGUUGAAAUGCAGACGGAGAGCGACAAAACCGAGGAAGAGGACAUCGAGUUCCAGGACGAGGAGCCGACGGCGCUGCAGGAGGCGAGGCAGAAGCACGGUGGAGACAAGGCGGCGGUGCUGUUGAGUGUGAAAGUGGAGGAGCUGGAGAGCACCGAGGACACUCUGAACGCGGAGACGGAUGAGGAAAUGAUCGCGGCGGAGCAGCGCCUAAAGAGCAGGAGGACGGACGAGAAGCCGGUAGAGCGACACAUGGCCCGCAGCCUCUAUCCCUUCAUUCUGAACAGGCUGCUCGGCUAAGGGCGUUCGAGACAGAAAAUUGGUCAAUGGGUUAACGCUAAAUUUUUGCAACGAAAUUUCCUUGUAGGAUCAGUUUAAAGAGGGUAGGUAGCAAUAAGGAGUGUAGGCUCACCACGAACCGUAGAGUGCAAAGGAAGGCAAUUUCGCUAUUUAAUUACACGAAGGAAAUAAGAGACAAAGUACGAAUCUUUUGGCAAACCCACUCGCACGCGUGGGUUAAAAUUACGCCGGUACAGGACAAUUAGCUAAAGUUUGAUAUAAUAAAUGAUCACUUUGUAGCGAGAACAGUAGAUUUACAAGACCUGCUUUUACUUUGACAUUCUGCACCAUGCAUUUACGAUAACGUUGCUGCACUCACCGUCCUAAAUGCUGCCUGAUCAACUUUUAAGACUUUUUUUCUCGCUAAUUAUGAAGCUUCGGUCAGUGCGUCUGAGCACAAUUCCACAUAAUAAAUAAAACUCAACAAGUAUGGGACAGAAAAGGCGGUGCGAGAGAAGAUCGAAAUUCAUUCAAUUGGUUGUUGCGUGAUACGUACCAUCGCGUCCAGAAAAUUUAAUGGAAACCUAAAUCUUUCACAAUGAGCAGGUGUUACUGCAGUCACAAGUGUGUGAAUGUUUUGUCUCUAUGGAACAGCUUUAACACUUAUAUAUUCUUGCGAAGUACAAUGUCCAAUUCAUGUGAGAUGUGUUUUAAGGAAUAAUUUUGUAAGUCAUUGGAGUUUAUUCACCAGAAAAUCAAGAAACCAAACUGAAUUUUACGAAAACAAAACCGAUUUUGCACUUUCCGCUUUUGAAAUUUUGAAUGAGAAAACUGGUGCAAUAAAUUGAAUGUGAAAAUGUGAUGCGUCUGUCCCACUUUUAACACCUUUCGCAAUGUAUAAUUGUAAUUUUAAUCGUCUUCUACUUAAACUAUAGACACAAAUGUAAAUAAAUGUUAUGCUCAAGAGGGAAACAAACUACAGUGUUAAGUGUCGGGAUGUUAGAUGUCACAUACAUGAUCUCAAUUAUUUGACCUGAGUGCGUUUGCAAAUUCGCGAGUGAGCUGGAAUUUGCAAAUACACCACUUUCCUUUCCGCAGUUGCCAAAUGGAUUGUUGUGAUGAAGAUUUCCCUGUGCUAAUUAUUUUCCUCUGCUGAAACUGCAAACUAUAAAAACAUGAUGCUCUAAGAAACGGAUGCCAAAGCAACUCGACAAUGAUUGUUUAUCUGACAUGUAUGAAUUUAAGUUGCUGUUCUCCAAGAGUUUAUUAAUAAAUCACUCAAUCUCUAAGGUGUUCGGGUUUCAUUGAAA